AUGGCGCAGAUUGCUGGGUUGUUGAUGCUCCUGCAGCUCAUGCGUGCGUCUUCUUCAAUUUCUGGGAAGCUUCGAUCAAAGCUCACUUCGCCACGAUGUGCCGAGUACGGCGUCUCGUACCGUGACGCAGAGGGAGACUGGCAAGCGGGAGAGGUGCUGUUGACGGCCUUGCAGUGCCAACU